UUUGGCGAAAAAAGACAAUACCAGUUGAACAAUGGAGAAACGUGCUGGAAGAAUCGUUCUCGUUCUUUGUGUGACACUUGCAACGGGAAAUUAUGCAUCGAGCGCGGAAGUUUCCUCGAUGAUCGAUUUUCGCUCGCAAGAGGAUGACCGUGGAUCGAACGACUCCGAUCCUAAGCCCGUCGUCGGUCUAAACGAAGUCAACGAAGAGGAUAAUGAUUUUCGUAAACCUGACGAGUCGAGGAAACCGAAGUACGAUUUUAUACGAGACGACUCAACGAAACGACCAGACGUUCUCGAUAACAUUCAAAUCGUCGUCAAUGGAAAAGCAGUGGGAUCGAACGUCGAUGAGUGCCGAAGUGGCGUUUGCAAGGUGUCCGUGUCGUCCAACCGAGAUAAAGAUGGGAACAUCGUAACGGACGUGCAUCUCAGGAUAAUAACGAAAGUCGAGCCCGAUCCUAAGAUCAACGACAUUCCAGUAAUCGAUGGGAUCCAUGGCGUGCAUUCUCCACAUUUUCAUUCUGGUUUUCGCCCUUCGAACUCUUUUCAUUCGCCAACCCAUGGAUACGACAAUGUUCCACAGAUUCAAACUCGUUAUCAUGGCGGUGAACCUUGGUAUCAGGGUCCAAGGAAUUUCCAAAGGCCUCAAAUUGUCUGGCGCUCUCAUCAUCCGGGGGAAUCCGCGAGCAGACGAUUCCCAAGCUAUGGCGGACGGUCGUUCGGUAAACCGGUCGUGGACGAUAAAAUCGAACCGCCGCUUAGCAAGACCCAAGGCAGCGACGAAUGAAAGGCAUCGAUUCGCGUUUUAUCCAUUUUGUUUCAAUUAUUUGUUAUAGAGUUCAAUAAAUAUACAAGCAUUAUCGAACAAUCGUAUAUUUCAUUUUCGUUUCACAAGAAGGAUAUUUCAAAGGAAAACGCGAAGAAUUGCAUGAUCCCGAUAUUAAAUUAGCCAGAUAAAUCGAUAGAAUUUACGAUUCAAAUUUGAGAUAAUCUAACGGUCACUUAACCGAUGGCGAUUAGUUCUUUCAGUUAUCGAGGUACGCAACGAUUCUUCUUACGUAGAUGGCGAGCUGAAUCGUUCUUAUUAAAUACAUCGAGUAUUUCUAUGGCAUUUGGGUAAGUAUAUUUCAUAAGUAAAGGAUUAAGAAUAUUGUCUGUAAACCUGAGUUACAGAUGAUCUUGGUGUAAAAAGGAAAAAGAAAAUAA